CUGCAUUCGAGUGACCGCAUACUAGGCCGGCCGCGGCGCUAAGUGGGAAGAAUGACAAAAAUCGAUAUUAGCCGCACCGCCGUCAUGUUUCCGCCAAUUUGGUACCAUUUAAGGCUUUUUGAACCGUCCAUCACAGUAUUUGGUCUCAAACAUGGUCGAUAAUCAAUAUAAUUCCAGCGUACAGCUGGCAAACACCGCUAGCCAACGCGCCCUCUCACUCCCAGAAAUUGUGUCAGAAGUCCUAUACUGGAUCCACAUCGAUGAAAACAUAAGCGAAUCCGACUUCAAGAAAGAUGUCCCACAAGAAUAUAUCGAACCAGAAAGCUUCGACGACCCGAUACCGCCAUCUCCAACAUACUCGUAUGGCAAAUUCGGUGUUCUAUUUCGCUGCUGCCUCGUCAACAGACUCUGGUACCAAGAAGCUGUGCCGUUAAUGUGGGAAACAAUUGAGGGCUGGUUCUGGGACCCCCUUCUCCCAAUCUGUUUCGAGGGUAUUUUCCACCAUUCCCGUCGACAGUUCUACGCCAAUUUUAUCAAGCGGCUUGUUCUGCAGACUAUCAACCAACAAACUGCCCAGAGGUACGAUUUGCUACUUCGUGGACUUGUGUUUCCGAAACUCGAGUGGUUGCGGUUGUAUUUGAGGGGUAAUAUCUGGGAAAAAUACGGUGUUCCGCCCGUCGAUGGGCCGAAUCUCAAGACAAUGGAAUUGGAUCCGCAUUUCGAGAAUGAUAUUACCGGGACUGAUUACUUGACAAGUCAAGAUGAUUGGGAAAAUGUCUUUGAGCAGGUACCUAUUCAAUUUCCUGCACUUGAAAACGUGCGUAUCAUUGACCGCGCGCGAGUCUGGCCAGGAGCGCUUGAACGCUUCGAAAAGCGGCUCCCCCAUUUGAAGAAAUUUGAUAAGAGACUUGUAAUCGAGAGUUCGAAUACAACGUCGGAGUAACUGACAGUCUGUCAGCAUAGCUACUGAUUCUCACGCAAUGCGUAAGGAAAGUAAUAUGGUUCUCCCGCUACAAUUAACUAUAUAAUAACAAGAUUAGCCGGCCGCUCCUAAAGGGGCCCCCAGGCAGGAGCCGACCAGGACGCUAUGUUUUUUUAUUUAUCGACAAAUUGAAAAUGGAAGGGUUUGUAACUCAAUUAGGAAGAUAAAUCUUAUUUUCCAAAUAUAUUGUUAUUAAUAAGUAUUUAUUGGCUAAUAGCGGCGUAUUAUUUGGUACGGUGGUGAGAGAGUCUCUGGGUUGAAAAUAUAUCAUGAUCUAUCAAUUAAUAAAAUUAC